UUAACCUUAAGGACCACUGAUUUCAAUGUUCACUGACUGUAGUCUCGUGAACGUAAAAUAGCAUAUACUGUAUAUGUCCAGCAUUGUAUGUGGGAACUGGUGAGCAAGCGAAUGUGUUCCAUCAUCCAACUCCUGCAGCUCAUGCUCUCUACGAUAUCCUCCUCCUCCUAAAGAGAGAGAAAGAGAAAGAACAGGGAGAGAGAGAGAGAACAAGUAGAGAGAGAGAGAGAGAGAGAGAGAACAGGGAGAGAGAAGGGGGACGACGGCAAGAAGAGAAGCAGCAUAGAGAGAAAAAUCACGCUCUUUUUAUUUCUACCGUGCUGCUCGUCCUCUCACCCCCCAGCAGGGAAAAAUAGGAGGACAGAAGGUGACUGUCCAUCUUUCUCUCUCUUCUGUCCCUGAAUUUGGGUGGGAUUGCGUGGUUUUUAUUUUUUUUCUACCAGUGGGGGACACUUUGGAGAGAACUACCAGGGAAACGAGGAGAAGCUGAGAGCCAGGAUGCUCAACAACCUCACUGAAUGUGAGGAGGGAGAGGGGGGAGCAAACAGCCAGGGAGAUGGAAAUCCCAAAGAGAGCAGUCCUUUCAUCAACAGCAGUGAUCCAGAGAAAGGCCAACAUGGCAAAAACAUGGCUCUGUUUGAGGAUGAGAUGGACACUAGUCCCAUGGUAUCGUCUCUGCUCAGUAGCCUUGCCAACUAUUCGAACCUGCCUCAGGGCAGCAAGGAACACGAAGAAGCUGAGAACAACGAAGGUUCUCGAAAGAAGCCUGUACAGGCUCCACAGAUGGGCACUCUGAUGGGAGUAUAUUUCCCCUGCAUGCAGAAUAUUCUAGGUGUGAUCCUGUUUUUGAGGAUGACCUGGAUGGUGGGAAUUGGAGGAGUCAUCGAGUCCUUCAUCAUCGUCCUUAUGUGCUGCUCCACUACCAUGUUAACUGCAAUUUCAAUGAGUGCCAUUGCCACAAAUGGGGUAGUACCAGCUGGAGGCUCCUACUACAUGAUUUCUCGUUCCCUUGGCCCUGAAUUUGGUGGUGCGGUGGGAAUCUGUUUCUACCUGGGGACCACCUUCGCAGGAGCCAUGUAUAUUCUGGGCUGUAUUGAGAUCUUACUGAUCUACAUUGUGCCACAGGCAGCCAUCUUUAAGAUGGAGGAUUUGGAGGGCCCAGAGGCAGAGGCAGCCAUGUUGAAUAACAUGCGAGUGUAUGGCACCUUGGUGCUGACUUUCAUGGCCGUGGUGGUGUUUGUGGGUGUGAAGUACGUCAAUAAGCUGGCGCUGGUUUUCCUGGCCUGUGUUAUUUGCUCCAUUCUGGCAGUGUAUGCCGGAGUCAUCAAGACUGCCUUUGAACCGCCUGUGUUCCCGGUGUGUGUUUUGGGGAACCGGACUCUAGUGUGGAAAGGCUUCGAUGUGUGUGCUAAAGUGAUUGAGACAGACAACGUCACAGUCCCUACAAAACUCUGGAGUCUUUUCUGUGACUCAGAGUUCCUCAAUGCUACCUGCGACAGCUAUUUCACGAACAACAAUGUGACAGUUAUACAGGGUAUUCCUGGCGUCACCAGUGGCAUUUUUAAAGAGAACUUGUUUGGGAAUUACAUGGAGAAGGGAGCUUUUCUGGAGAAGGUGGGCCUUACUUCUGUGGAGGAUCCAGAUGCUCUACCCACUAAUACUAAAACCUAUGUGCUAUCAGACAUCACCACUUUUUUCACACUCCUGGUUGGGAUCUACUUCCCUUCAGUUACAGGCAUCAUGGCAGGUUCAAACCGCUCUGGUGAUCUGCGGGAUGCUCAGAAGUCCAUCCCCAUCGGCACCAUUCUGGCAAUCACCACCACCUCUUUCAUCUAUAUGUCCUCUGUUGUGCUGUUUGGCGCAUGCAUUGAGGGAACAGUUCUGAGGGACAAAUUCGGUGAGGCAGUAAAAGGGAAUCUGGUGAUAGGUACGUUGGCAUGGCCUUCCCCCUGGGUCAUCGUCUUUGGCUCGUUCUUCUCCACUUGUGGGGCAGGGCUACAGAGUUUGACCGGUGCACCACGUCUUCUGCAGGCCAUAGCAAGGGAUGGGAUAGUGCCAUUUCUUAGAGUAUUCGGCCAUGGCAAAGCAAAUGGGGAACCCACUUGGGCUCUGCUCCUGACUGCCUGCAUCUGCGAGAGCGGAAUUCUCAUUGCUUCUCUGGACUCAGUCGCUCCAAUCCUCUCAAUGUUCUUCCUGAUGUGCUAUAUGUUCGUAAACUUGGCCUGCGCUGUACAGACUCUGUUGCGGACCCCCAACUGGAGACCUCGCUUCAAAUUUUACCACUGGACACUGUCAUUCCUGGGCAUGAGCCUGUGUCUCUCGCUCAUGUUCAUCUGCUCCUGGUACUAUGCCAUUGUUGCCAUGGCAAUCGCCAGCUGUAUCUACAAGUAUAUCGAAUUCCGGGGGGCAGAGAAAGAAUGGGGUGAUGGGAUCCGGGGGCUGUCCCUUAGUGCAGCACGAUACGCACUUAUGAGGCUGGAAGAGGGGCCACCACACACAAAGAACUGGAGGCCUCAGAUCUUGGUGCUGGUCACUAUGGAUUCAGGGCAGAAUGUUGAACAACCACGCCUCCUAUCUCUGACCAGUCAACUGAAAGCAGGCAAAGGACUCACAAUUGUGGGCACUGCACUAACUGGAAUCUUCCUCGAUGACCACCCUCUGGCUCAACAAGCUGAGCAGUCCCUGAAGAAGCUAAUGGAAACAGAAAAGGUAAAGGGCUUCUGCCAGGUGGUUGUUUCUUCCAACAUCCGUGAUGCCACCUCACACCUGGUGCAGGUCAGUGGACUUGGAGGUCUCCAGCAUAAUACUGUGCUCCUUAGCUGGCCACGAAACUGGAAACAGGCUGAAGAUCAUCAGCUCUGGAGGAACUUCAUCGAGUUGGUCAGAGAGACCACAGCUGCAAGUAAAGCCCUGCUAGUGGCUAAGAACAUCGCAGCAUUCCCAUCCAACAGUGAGCGAUUCUCUGAGGGAUUCAUCGAUAUGUGGUGGAUUGUUCAUGAUGGUGGCAUGCUCAUGCUACUCCCCUUCCUCCUGCGGCAGCACAAGGUGUGGAGGAAGUGCAAGAUGCGCAUCUUCACUGUCGCCCAGAUGGAUGAUAACUCUAUUCAAAUGAAGAAGGACCUGACCACCUUCCUCUACCACUUGCGUAUGGAUGCCCAGGUGGAAGUAGUGGAGAUGCAUGACAGCGACAUCUCAGCUUACACCUAUGAGAAGACCCUGAUGAUGGAACAGCGCUCACAGAUCCUCAAGCAGAUCAAUCUCACCAAGACAGAGCGUGAGCGUGAGAUCCAAAGCAUCGCUGAUAAUUCACGCGGUUCGAUUCGUCGCAAGAACCCGGGAACUGCCAACACUCAUCUGACUGUGACUGAAGAAGCAGCAUCCAGCAGCAAGGAGGAAAAACCUGAGGAAGAGUGUGUCACUGUAUCCCCACCUCCACAGGAGCAGCUCAUCCACGAUAAGAGCACCAACCCACCGACACCAGCCACCCCACAGUCCCCUGCCGCUGAGGUUGUGACUCCCAGUACAGCUGUCCAGAUGACAUGGACUGAAACCAAAUGUGAUGGAGAGCAGCCCAAACCUCCAGGAGCCGGCACACCUGGAGCCAUCAAAGACCUUUUUAGUAUGAAACCCGAGUGGGAGAACCUAAAUCAGUCCAAUGUCAGACGCAUGCACACUGCUCUCAGACUCAAUGGUGAAAUUGUCAAGAAAUCUGGGGAGGCCAAGUUGGUCCUGCUCAACAUGCCGGGUCCACCCAAAAACAGGACUGGAGAUGAGAACUAUAUGGAGUUCCUUGAGGUUCUAACUGAGGGUCUCAACCGAGUCCUCCUUGUGCGUGGUGGAGGCCGUGAGGUCAUCACCAUCUAUUCUUGAAAGAACAGCUUGCAUCAGAACGACCCCCACACCCCCCUAAAACUCAACCCUAUCAAGUUUCUCAUUCAUACUGCCAAACCCGAAACAUUCCGCUACCACGUCCAAACAAUAUUCCAGAAUUCCCUGAGCUUAUUCAACCCCCACUCUAAAACAGGGCCUCCACAGGUCUUUUUCCCUCUUUAAUGAAAUUUCAUAAAGGCCCCUUUUACUCAUUUUCCAUUAAGUUCUCUUAUUGGCCAGCGCAUGUUUUUUGGCCUACUAGCAUUCUUUGUUGUUUGUGAUCCGAUGAUUUGUUUGCCAAAUUCAGUGCCACAUAUGAUACAAGGAAAAACUAUUGAUGUCAGUACGUUUCUUCUGCAUUCCUGACGUUUUCUCCAACACCUACUUUUCCGCAUUCAAUCAGGAGAUGAUUGAGGGUUGCAGAAAUUGAAUGGGGAAAGGUUUUAAGAGAUAUCUGCUCCCUUGAAGGAUUUUAUUUGUCCUGUGUCCUUUUUUUCCAAUUGUAUUAUUUAUUUAUUUACAAAAAAAAAUCUAAACUUGCCAGGAAGACAACAGAAGCCAGACAAGCUGAGGAUCUGUCAGUCGUUACAUCACUGUGAUGAAGCAAUGAAUUUUGCGAAGGACUCGGACCGAAGCGCUGACAGAGAUGGUGGCGCAGCACUAUUUCUGCCACAUUGUGGGCUGAUUUCCCAGAAGUCAUGUGUCAUGAGUAGGACUGACAGUCACGGAAAGAGACUCUCACUCUGUGAUGUUUCAUUUGGUGUGGCCGCUUUUACCACCCACCUAGCAUGUUAGGAGAAAUUCAAGGUGGAAAUAUUUUAAUUUCCCAGACUACACUGGGAACACUGUUUUCUUGGCACAAUUCUGCCACUUUAUUUGUCUUUGGGAUCUAAUUGUUAUCCUCCGUGUCUGCCCUGACAUUUUCACUUCUCCUGGUUGGAUGUGGAUUAGCUAUUCCCUGCCAACCACAAUAUGUGCCAAAACAAUAGUGGGAAGAUCUGUGAUUUGCUGUUUUCAAAAUGACAGGAAAAAAAGCAAAACAAACAGGACUUAUCUGUAUUAUUUGAGUGUUGUAACAAGCAGAAUGUUGGAGUCAAAACAGUAUUAUCUCUGAGCCUGAUAUUUGGAAAUAUUGGUUCUCUGGGAUAUACUGGUAGUGGAUGUGACCUAAUGUCACAGGGUUGACUCUGAGAGUCUUCAGGAUGGUUUUAGGUUUCUCACUGUGGCAUUGGGAAGUGUACCGUACCGUACUGUAGCCCCCUAUACGAGCACUCAACCUGCACUGGCAGCCACUGUGUAACAAGUGAUUUAAUGAGUCUGUAGAUUCAUUAAAUGUGUGUGUGUGUGUGUGUGUGUGUGUGUGUGUGUGUGUGUGUGUGUGUGUGUGUGUGUGUGUGUGUACGUACGUAUGAUCCAUCUAUAGGAACUUGAAGAGUUUUUCGCUUUUACAAACAGGAAAACAUAUAUAUAUAUACAUAUAUAUAUAUAUAUAUAUAUAUAUAUAUAUAUAUAUAUAUAUAUAUAUAUAUAUAUAUAUAUAUAUAUAUAUAUGUAUGUUUUAUUACAUUUACAGAAAGAUCUAUAUAGAGUAUUAAAAUCACAUUAUAUAUAAUCUGUAUUGGACCACGCCAAAAUAUGUAAAAAAAAAAAAAAACAUUUAAAAAAGAUGCUAAUUGUGCCAUAUGACUGACAAUACAUAUCAAUUCAAAUACUAUCAGUCGGAGCUAACUUCAACAUUUCACAGGACCAAGUACAAACCAGCAUGUAGACCGAAAGGUGUCCUUAAGGCCAGAACCUCCAUUCAGUUUGAAUGCAGUACCAAUCGUAUGCAAACCACGUAUUAAGUUGCGGUCUCGCGUGGUUGGGAAUAGCCGAAGGAGUACUCUGCAAUGUGUUUUUACAGUGAAGUAGUUUAAAACCAAUAUGAAUGUUGGAGAUUGGUAAGAUCCGAAAGUUAAUAUAGGACUGGUUGUGCAAUAUACCCGAAAAUGGUCAUGUAAUCAUGUUAUUUAUUUUCGUAUGCAGAUAUUAUAUAUAUGUGGGUUUCAUUUUGUGGCAUUGUCACUUGUUAAAGCGGUCAGAGUCUAGGUUUUUGUGUCUCCUCUGAGAAAAAUGAUCUUCACUCGCACUUCUAUAAUAACAGACCUAUGAUAUAUAGUACUUAUAAUACAUAGCUAGGGAAAGGCAAGUGACAACAGUUUUUCUUUUUCGUCAUCAUGGCACUUACAGUAUACAUACUGAGUGUUUGGUUUGUGUGUGUGUGUGAGAUAGAGUGAGAAAGAUCAAAGGCACCUGACCACAAUAUAUUGUGUUUAAAAUGCUCAAAAUGUCCCAUACACAUUGCAAAAGCUGCUAGCAUACAAAUAGAUAUGUAUUGCAUGUAUAUACAUAGAACUAAAGUAUUUACAGGUAUGAAAAGUUAUUACACUAUAGUGGUAAGGAGGGGUAGAAAUCCUAACAUACAUAUCGGUGCUGGGGAUUGUUGCAUUUGAAACAAUCCCUAACGCACGGCCAGCCUUUUUUCACGUCAGUCUAAAAGCGGAAACAAAAAUUUCACAUUCGCCAUAUUACAUGAAAACAUGCCGCAAAGCAUGUAAGUAAUAUGGUUGCUGUUACUGGUCUAACACGAAACUAAGAAUUUACUCUGAGCCAUUGUACACUCUCUUAUUUGCAUUCAGUAUUAACCGCACAUUAUAUAUAUAAUAUAUUUUAUAUAUAUAUAUAUAUAUAUAUAUAUAUAUAUAUAUAUAUAUAUAUAUAUAUAUAUAUAUAUAUAUAUAUAAUGAGUAAGUGUUGCCUGCGUAGACUGAGCCUAGUUUCCCGGGAAAAAAAUUGAAAAGACGAUCACGAGCUUGUUUGACUCGACGAUUUUGAUCCUGCUGAUUUAUUUAAUUGCUGUUUGCAUGAUCCAUGUACGAAUAUUUGUUUCAGUGGUUUAUAUUGUGUAAUUGUACGUAGGAAAUAGGAAGAAGAAAAUUUGGGAGGGAUCUGUCAGAGCCCAUGUUGCUAAUGGCUGUGUUGCGAAUCAUUUAGCAGUGCUCGAAGGCGGCAUGACCAUGUCUCCAAGCGAUCCUGGUUGGCUGGCGCUUUGAGCGCAUUAUACUGUACUGUUGUGUUUUGAUAUUCAUGUAGUAGGAUUGUCAGGAGACUUGUGAGGAGAGUGCAGUACGAAAGUUGUCCUUUCGACCUACUUUUACGACGCAUUUCGUUGUGAAGUACAAAACAAGUGUCAUCGAUUGAUUCAUUCGCAUCUUUUCAAAGGUUGUGUGCAAUACUGUUUCUCUUUAAGGUUCGAUGUUUUCGUAUGCCCGUGCACAUUAGUUUUGCGUUCGCUCUAUUCGUGGUCCUGCAGGCCAUCAACGCCCUUUGUAUGCUAGAGGAGUGUACGUCACAUCUGUUCUAUGGUGGCUGAGACAGAAAUGCACUUUAUUCAGGGUUGAUGUUCUUUCCAGCGAUGAUGAUAAUGACGAUGAUGACGAUGAUGUCAUUCGGGGCACCUUUUGCUGUCUGAGCACGCUGGAUUCCUUUCAGAGUUUCAGCUUCCUUUAGUGGCAAGAGUCCGUAGUGCAGUCCUGAGGAAGCGACGGUUAGUCAUGGUUGAAAAGCGGACAGAUUCUCUGCAGUUACAUACUACCUGGUCAAGAUGGUUUUCACUUUGCUGCAUGAACCUAUGUGUAUAUUUCCUUUUUCCUUUUUCACAGUAUAGGACAUUUCUUAAGCAAGAUGUGGAAUCAAUGCAGUCUCUCCCUCCCAUGCUUUACCUGCUGUCCCAACACACACACACACACACACACACACACACACACACACACACACACACACACACACACACACACUGUACUGUACCCUCAUCACCUGCCAUUCUAACUCCCCAACACUGUAUUCAAAUGUGAUCACAGUAGACAUAUGAUUAUUGAUCAAAGACUAUAACAAGCGCUUCCACUACUGGGCCUGGCUCUGUUGAAAUAGACAGUGGACAAAAAUGUCCUCUUUCUCCACCUCUCCCACGCUCUUUCUCAUUAUCAGAGAGGAAAACACGCUAGCAAGCGGUAAACCAAACAUUCCUUGAGUGGUUUCAGAGAGCAACGCUGUACUAUACUGCGAUACAGAGAUCGGAUUUUGUCAUCUUAUAAAGGGCUCCAGAUAACAAUCCAUACUUGGUUUUGAAUUGUGAUUAAUGAGUGUUAAUGUCCAAUCCUGGCUUUAACGUGUGAUAACGAAACAUUGAUGAUAGAAAAAAAUUGCACUGCCUAGCAAUUGUGUUGUGUUCUGAUCUUUUGGGAAUGAUGUCUCAAUAGGGGUCCCGGUUUAUUGUGCCACAUUUUGUGGCCCCAUUAUUUUGGGCACAAGCAUAGCUGCACUUGGAGAGACUGGUGGAAAUUACAGGAUUGUAACAUCAAAUACAUUAUCAGCCAUUAGACUUAGAGAAGCUCUGAUUUACUGAGAAAUGUUGUUUGGGAUCACAGCAAACUCAAUGAAAAUGAUAAGUAGGUUUUGCAGUCUAUUUCAACUAUCAGCAAACUUUCAAUCUGAGAGUUUAUUCUAAAAA